AUGGCACGAGUCUGUCACAGAUGUACAAGUACAACAGCCGUGAUCCGUUGUGUUACCGAAACUCAGAACUUGUGCCUUACCUGUGACUACCUGCGGCAUCGUGAAGGUGAGGCUGCAGGACACACUCGUUACCAAAUUUGCGAUGAAUGCAUGAUCAAUCCAGCUCUACUCCUCUGCUCGGAUCACAUGAUGGUUCUUUGCCAAUCCUGCUAUUCAAAUGAUUACAACUGCGUCGCCUAUGGCCAUCACACUCAAGUCAUCAAUCGCUUUCCUCGACAAGACCAUAACAACAAGAACAACAAGAACCACCAGCAUAAUCAUCAUGAAGGUCAUCAAGUGGGUGAGAACCAGAGAAGAGAAGGCAUGUUUGAGAAGAGCUGCAAGGGAAAUAACAGCUGCGAGGGAUGUAUGUCUGCAGUGGACUGUGAGUCAUGCCUAGCUUCAAACGCUGCCAUUUACUGUCCCCAACACAAUCAGCUUCUGUGCGAUGAAUGCGACCGAAUGAUUCACCUUCCCGAGGCCGUGCUGCCCCAUUUGAGGUGUCAGCUUUGCGUGACAUGCAAGAGACUCUCUCGCACUUUUCUCGUCAGAUCUUCUUAUUUCAAUUUACCACCGCUACCUCCUGCGGCGGCGGCGGCGGGAUCCGAAUAG